AUGGGCAGUGUUGCCCUGGUAGAAGCGCUAGCUUUUCUCCACGGGCUUUCGGGCCCGGUGGUGCGCAGCUGGGCAAGCUGCCUUAACGACAAUUUGACUCCAGGUUCCAUCUGCCCUACUUGUGACUAUUUUCCAGAUAUGCAUAUCAAGUAUACCACAGAUCUCCAGCAUGCGGAGAACAAGCUGAACACAAUCGCUACUACAUUCUGUGAAAGACUUCAACAAAGGCUUUCUCCUCCUCCAGCUGACUCUACCAGGCACUCUGCAGGUGAUGGGAGCAUGAGUGAAAAUGAGAGGGAUCUCCAGAGAGAUGGGCCGGAGGCAGCCAAACCCUGCGGGGCCAUUUCAGACUUUUUCAUAAGGGAAGCUUCUCCGGGCUGUGACAGAGAAGUGUCCUGUCCAAGGCCAGACCUUCUCUCCCCAGAGACGGGGCCGGGGAAGACUUCUCACUGCGGCUUUCGGAAGCGGAAGGAGACAGUGGUGCACCAGCGAGCAUUCAUGGGAGAGAAGCCCUACAUCUGCAUCGAGUGCGGGCAGAGUUUCAACCGCAGCUCUGACCUGAUCCGCCACCAGAGGAUCCACACCGGGGAGAAGCCGUACAUGUGUGCUGACUGCGGCAAGAGCUUCAGCCGCCGCUCCCACCUCAUCCAGCACCAGCGCGUCCACACGGGUGAGCGGCCGUACCAGUGCAAGGACUGCGGGAAGAGCUUCAGCCAGAGCACCCACCUGGUACAGCACCAGCGCAACCACACUGGGGAGAGGCCUUAUGUCUGUGCCAAGUGUGGGAGGAACUUCUACCAGAACUCAGGCCUGCUCCGCCACGCCAACUUUCACACGGGUGAGAAACCCUACAAGUGCCCUCAGUGUGGCAAGCGCUUCAGCGACAGCUCCAACCUCAUUGCCCACCAGCGGCUCCACACAGGUGAAAAGCCCUACAAGUGUGCAGACUGCAACAAGUGUUUCAGUGAGAGCUCUAAGCUGGUCAUCCACCGGCGUGUCCACACAGGUGAGAAGCCAUACUUGUGCCCUGACUGUGGAAAGAGUUUCAGCCAGCGCUCACACCUUGUCCAGCACCGUCGCACCCACACUGGGGAGAAGCCCUACAAGUGUGCUGAGUGUGGGACCUGCUUCAGUGACAACUCUACUCUCAUCCGUCACCGUCGUACCCACACUGGGGAGAAACCUUUCAAGUGCUCCCACUGUGGGAAGAGCUUCAGUCGCAACUCCUACUUAGUCUCACACCAGCGGCUGGUUCACACUGGAGAGAAGCCUUAUCUCUGCGCUCCUUGUGGGAAGAGCUGGAGCCAGGAUUCAUCCCUUACUCAGCAUCAGUGA